AUUUCCUUCUCCGCAAAUAAAGCUCGAGCAACUGAUCGCGAAAGUCGAUGAAAGCGCUUUCAAGUACUUGGCGUUACUGUCCGACCGCCGUUAUCCUGUGCAAAAGUAUUCUACUCGUAUUGCAAUCAUGCAUUGCAAAUCUUAAACUUAAUCUUUCUCUUAAGGUGCAUCAGCAUCACAAAUUUCAUGUCUCAUGCUGAGGGAAUUUGUCAUGCAUUUAUACGAGUGCGAUACUUUUGCAGUUCAUAGCCGUCGGGUGAACGCAACAAGGAGGGAGGUAGCACUGCAGUUGCAUGGAAGCACUUCUACUACGGAGAAUGGUGCAGAGGAUGUUGACGCAGGAGACGCAAGUCCCUCGUCAUUAAAUAUCGCCGGCGAGGAAAUUCGCUGGUGCGCGGCGGAGGAAGAUGAAAAUAGACCAACUUCUGGUCGAUCAGUCGCACAACAACUCCCACACUCGGUUUUGCUGGAGGAAUUUGCGAAUGGGCUGGAAGCAAAGCUUGGACGUGCCAAAGUAGUACACGACGACAGCAGAGCAGGUACGAGAGGACCUCCUGCAGGACCGCUACGACC